AUGAAGAGCCUCACGAAAUCACCCGCUACCACCAAUGCAAUGACGGUUUCCGAAACUACUUUUAGUCUUGGUCCCGAAAACGGUUCUAAAAUUCAUAAAAGAAUAACCCAUGAAACUACUCCCGGCCUUGGUCACAGCACUAACUCCGAAUCUAGCACCACAAAUCGCAUAAGUACAGAUAUACUAAGUAUAUCACCUACGGAUAUUCAAUUUAAUAUACGCCCUGUUGGCUCUGAAAUUUCAGUUUCUAGUGUUGACAGUGAUCAGUUGAGGGAGCUACAGGAUGAAAACAAGAAAUUAUGGAAGGAGGUAGAGCGACUACGUAAAGAGCUUGAAGACUCACUAUUUGAAGCGAGUCUUUGGAAACGCACAUCUUUGGAACUUCAUAACUCACAUCGAGGAAUUGCUUAG